GCUGCGUUAACUAGUGACGACCGGCUAACUAGCUGCACUGCUGUUUGCUACAAGCGGGCACUGCACCCGGAUGUAUUUUCGAGAUAUCGUUUGGAGACCGCGUCUAUCCUUCACUUCCCAAUGAAAUCUGAUCUCUUUGGUUUUUCUGAAGAUUUUCUCAGAGUAAAAUAACAUUAAGGACAGAUGCUUUCAUGGGACUACAGAUGCCGAUGCCUUUGAUGGGAUUGUAUUGCAUGAAGCAUAAUGAGGGUGUAUUGAAAAACAGGACAGAACCUUAACAAUUGGAGGUGCUGAAUCUGCAUACUUUUUGGGGGAAGAAGAUCUGCAUAAGAUGGAGAUGGGGGAAACAUGCAUUUUUAGAAAGAAUAUAGUAGAUUAUGUUUUUUAACCUCAGGCCAAAUCUUAUUUUUCUUGAAUUGUGUAUUGGGGAUACAGAUAUCAUAUAUCAAGAUGAGUUCAGAAGGAUACCAGUACAGAGCACUGUAUGACUAUAAAAAGGAGAGGGAGGAGGACAUUGAUUUGCAUGUAGACGAUAUACUGGUGGUGAGCAAAGGUGCUCUGCUGGCCCUAGGCUGUCCUAAUGGGGCUGAAGAAAAACCAGAUGAGAUUGGGUGGCUGCCAGGAUUCAAUGAGACAACUCAUGAAAAAGGUGACUUCCCUGGGACUUACGUUGAAUUUGUUGGAAGAAAAAGAAUUUCACCACCAACACCAAAACCAAGGCCACCUAGACCUCUUCCUUCCACAUCAGAUCUAACCAGGACAGAUUUGGAAUCAGACGGCUUCAUGUUGCCAGAUCUGCCAGAACAGUUUGCUCCUCCAGAGGCUGCAUCACCCAUCCUGGUCAAGCUUCUGGAGGCAAUAGAACGCAAAGGUUUGGAAUGUCCAACCCUUUAUAGAACUUUCACAGCAGCUUGUGUGCUGGAUAUGAGACAGUUCACUGACAGUGAUUUGGAGCCUUUGGACCUACAGUUGCUAUGUGAUGGCCUUUGGAGAUACCUGCAGGAUUUGCCUAAUCCAGUUGUUCCCACCUCUCUCCAAAGUGAGAUGAUUCAUGCAGCACAAGAGGUAAAGGAUCCAGAGGACUGUGCCCAGUUGUUGCGCAGGAUAGCCAGCUCACCUACCCAUCCACCCCAAUACUGCCUCACGCUCUACUGCCUCAUCAAACACUUCUGCCGGAUUUCUCAGAACACCAGCAAAAACCAACUCUGUGUCAGAGACUUGGCUGAAAUCUUCAGCCCUGUGCUUUUCAGGCUUCAACCAGCAAGCUGUGAGGCCAGCCUGGAUUCCCUUAUCAAGAUUCUAGAGAUCUUGGUCAACAGUGAAUUGAGUGAAACCCAGGCUGCUCCAGCUUUGCCCCCCAAACCACCAAAGCCCACUACCCCAGUUCCAAACAAUGGGUUCAACAACAACAUGGCCUUGCAAGACGGGGAGUGGUACUGGGGAGACAUCUCAAGGGAGGAGGUGAAUGAGAAGCUGAGAGACACUGCUGAUGGUACGUUUCUGGUCCGAGAUGCAUCCACCAAAAUGCACGGAGACUACACUCUGACUCUGAGGAAAGGAGGAAAUAACAAACUGAUCAAAAUAUUCCAUCGGGAUGGGAAAUACGGCUUCUCAGACCCACUGACGUUCAACUCGGUGGUUGAGCUCAUCAAUCACUACAGACAUGAGUCCUUAGCCCAAUACAACCCAAAGCUGGACGUGAGACUGCUGUACCCAGUGUCAAGGCUCCAGCAGGACCAGGUUGUUAAAGAGGACAACAUUGAAGCUGUCGGUAAAAGGCUGCAGGAGUACCACCUGCAGUUCCAGGAGAAGAACCGAGAGUACGAUCGUCUGUACGAGGAGUAUACAAGAACAUCACAGGAAAUUCAAAUGAAGAGAACGGCCAUUGAGGCAUUCAAUGAAACCAUUAAGAUCUUUGAGGAGCAGUGCCAGACCCAAGAGCGCUAUAGCAAGGAGUACAUUGAAAAGUUCAGGAGAGAGGGCAACGAUAAAGAAAUCCAGAGAAUCAUGGGAAACUACGACAAACUGAAAUCGAGAAUAAGUGAGAUUGUGGACAGCAAACGGCACCUGGAGGACGACCUGAAAAAGCAAGCAGCGGAUUACAGGGAGACCGAUAAAAAGAUGAACAGCAUCAAACCUGACCUGAUUCAGCUCCGCAAGACCAGAGACCAAUACCUAAUGUGGCUGACACAAAAGGGAGUGAGGCAGAAGAAGCUGAAUGAAUGGCUGGGUAUCAAGAAUGAAAACCCAGAGGAUGAGUACUCAAUGGUUGAAGACGAUGAGGACCUCCCACAUCAUGAUGAACGUUCAUGGAGGCUAGGCAACAUCAACCGGCUGCAGGCAGAAGCUCUGCUCCGGGGGAAGAGGGACGGAACAUUCCUUGUCCGGGACAGUAGCAAAGCUGGCUGCUACGCCUGCAGUGUUGUUGUGGAGGGUGAGGUGAAGCAUUGUGUUAUCAACAAGAGUCACACGGGCUAUGGAUUCGCAGAACCAUACAACCUUUAUGGCUCCCUAAAAGAACUCGUCCUGCACUACCACCACACGUCACUCGUACAGCACAAUGAUUCUUUAAAUGUCACGCUCGCCUACCCAGUUUACACACAGCAGAGGCGGUGAUGACCUCAUGGUGAUGACCUCAUGGUGAGUACCUGGACUUCAUGAGGGACAAUCAGGACGACUUCUUUGGAAAUGCAGAUGUGUGGGAUGGUAUCAAUUAAAAAACGGAAACAUUG